ACUUUUGUUCAAAGCCACUAAUAGAUACCAAUGGUCCAGUGUCCCUGGUGCAACUCUGGGUUAAAUGCCCCGCUAAAGACACGACAGUGGCAGCCAGAAUCGAACUCGUGACUUUUUGGGGCUGUUGCAUGCUAUCCAAGUUCCUUAACUUUACAAUCAUUAUUGCAUUUGCCGUGCUGCCUCCAGAGUAGCAGGCCCAGACAGGAGAGACAGGACAUGAGCAGAGGUCAUUCUCCAUUCCCCACUACAUUACAAAACAGACAUGACUUCUAGUUUAGGAUUUAUCAUAGGCAGCAACAUCGGUAAAAUAUGGAUUCGUUUUAUCACCCUUAUCGUAUUUAUUUUUUCUUUUCGUAUUUAAGUAUUUUUUUCAGGUUUUUGAGGAAACAGAAAAAAGUUAACCAACAUUUUAAAAUUGUCAAAAAUGGCUUAUGCCAUUAUUUUAGUAAGGUGACGUUACCAACUUCCAUGUCAAACACUUGAGCCACAGACUCUUGAAGUGACACGGAUAUCAGAGAGAGAGGGUUGAGAGGGAGAGAGAGAUAUGAAGCCUCGCGAGACUGUGAAGAGAACUGCAAGACAGAGUCGGAGGGAAAACUAAGAAAAAAAGGCUUCUGACAAAAUAUCAAGCAUCAAAAUAUGUCUGGACGGUCCGUGCGAGCCGAGACGCGGAGUCGCGCAAAAGAUGACAUCAAAAAGGUGAUGGCGGCUAUCGAGAGAGUCCGGAGAUGGGAGAAGAAAUGGGUGACGGUUGGAGACACAUCAUUGAGAAUAUUUAAAUGGGUCCCUGUAUCUGAGACCAAGCAGAUAUUCAAGAGUAAAAGCCGGAGUGGAGCAGUGAAAGAAUUAAAAGGGUUCCCAACAGACGUCGUUCUGGAAAACGCACGCUCUGUCCUUCUCGACUUCCAAGAUGACAACAGUAACCAGAGUUUCUUGUCAGAUGCUUACCAGCCCAGUGCCAAAGUGGACAGCAGCACAAACUCCAGCCCCCAGCAUGCCAGUGGUGCAGUGAGCCCCUCCUCACAGCCCUCUUUCUUCCGCAUAGAGGACUCACAACCCCCCACACUUGGACAGGAGACUAUGGAGGAGCCAGCACUACCAAGUUCUGAGGUCACUGACGAACCUCCAACUCUGAUCAAAGAAGACCUGCAGCCACUCUCCAACUUAGAGGAGGAGGAGGAGGAGGCAUCCGGUGUUCCACCACUGAAGAGAACAUCCACAGAUCAAAACUCUGUGCUGAGCUAGCCCAGAAUCCUUUGCAGUCAGGCGGCCACUUCUCCACUCCAUCCAGUACACACACACACACACACACACACACACACACACACACACACACACACCCUACACCUUUUUAGUACUUUGCAAAGCAUCAAAAUUAUCUGCCUCUUCAUUUUCUGCUGUUUGUGGUGGAGAAUGAUGUUGUACACAGCAGCUAUACACAACUGGCUUUUGCUUUUUGCUUUUUAUAUCACGCCCCAUGGAAAACAAGUGCAUGACAGUCUCUUCCUAUAAAUAGCAGCACCUCAUCCCAGGUGUCUGACAUAAGUGUUCAGAGGUCAAGAACAGCACAAAUAACAAAUCUAAGGUGUCAUGUUUUGUCACCAUACCAAAAGGAACUCUGCUGAAAGUUUGAAAUUUGAAGUUUGUAUAUGUAUAUAAAUACUCGAAUUAACGAGAAGAGCAAAGUAAUACUCAUGUUGAGUGGCUUGCAAGUAUGGCUUGGUAAACAUUAUUUAAUCUCAGCUAAAGGUCCUUGUAUACUGUCUUGCAUUUAACUAUAUUCAUUGCCUAACGAUUCAUUAUCGCACAUAUGCAGUAUAUAUUUUGGUUUUCUUCCUGUAUGCACUAUACUUGUAAACUUGAAGGAACACAUCCAGCACUCAUCAUUCUGCUUAUGCACUUCUGAUAUGCGGCUGCAUUCAUGCAAAGUAUUUCCACCAUUAUCCAUGUUUUAUAUAUAUUUUUCGCUAUAAAAUUAAUUUUGAUUUUUUCACGUUCACAUCUGGAGAGUGUUUACACGACAAGCCAAGAAUUGUAUCAUAUUUUUCUGUCAAUAAAUGCAAAUAUAUAAAGUUA